AUGGCCGACUCCACUGAGACCCGGGUCGCGCGGGCCACCAAGCCCGUUAGCGAGGCUCUGCUUAACGAGAAGUGGGACCGCGCCAUCUCCUCCAUGAUUAUCAAGUCUUCCCUCGGUCUGUCCUUCGGUGUCGUCUUCUCGGUUCUGCUGUUCAAGCGGAGGGCCUGGCCUGCGUGGGUUGGCCUCGGUUUCGGUGCUGGCCGUGCUUGGGAGGAGUCUGAUGCUUCCUUCCGUCGUGGUGAUUCGCCUGUCAGAGAUGCUCUCCGCCGGUAG